AUGGCAGCUCCAGGGGGGAAAGGAGGAGGGAAAGCCAACUCGAAAGCAACCCCGAAAGGCUCCUCCAGUGGAGGACGCACAGAUACUAAAGGAGUGGCGAAUCCCCAAGGCAAAGCAGCCGGAAGUGGAAAGAAAAACAACAGAGAUAUCGACAGAAAUCCGCUUCUGGGGAUUACCCUCGAGCCAGAAGUGGCCUGUUCCCUCGCUGUGAAGCCCCCAACCAUCCACAGCGCAACAGUCGUUCUCGUCCUUGACGAAGAAAAACCAUCCAGUGACCCUUCUAGGGGCAACGCUGAGACAGGCGACAUUGCGACACAACUCCGGGUAUCUUUAGAGAAUUUACAAAAUGCCCAUGGAAGGCCUCAAACUGCUCAAAACGACGAGGAAGCUCUUCCUGAGAUUGUCCUCAUCACGCUGGAAGAUGUGUUUGAGUAUGGCCGGGCCAAGAGUCUUUUGAUUCAAGAUGCCAAGGCGAAAUUGGGAAGUGAGAUGAAGGAGGAAGAUUUUGCGAGAUCCCUGGCUCAAGCUCGCGCAGAGUAUCUGUCGGCGGUUGAGAGGCGACGCCUAAAUAUUUUGCAGAAAGGCGCACUUGAGCAAAGCCUUUCAAAAGAAUGCGAAUCGCCUCAGCCGGGCGUGUCGCUGGGAGAGGCACCAAGUCUCUCGGGGGGGAACAGGCGGACGACGGAAGAGAACAGAACGCCCUUGAAAGAGUCCUUGGCUUCCGACACCGGCGCGGUGCCUCGAAACCUACAGCUAGGGGAAACGCAUGUCUCUGGACAGCCUCGCGGCGACGAAGAGCGAACAGACGAAGAGAGGGACGCUGUCGUCGACCAGAUAGAUGUCCUCUUCGUUCUUCUCGAAGUCCCUUGGAGUCCUGAGCUGUGCGCCGCCCUCUCCGAGAAACGCCUGGCAGUCGACUUGAUUUUAUUUCUCACGCCAAAGUCCGUGACGGAACUGAGGGAACACAGCAGCUUCGAUCGUUUGCCGACAGACCUGCAUCUCUUCUACCAAACCAUCAACCAAGCUCCUCCAGGAAGCGAAUUCUCCAGGACAGCCAUGGAAACAAUACCCAACAUUAGACAGCAGGAGUCUCUGGCUCAACCGUGGUCUCUGAUUGCGAGGAAAAGCUUGCAGGUGAUGCAGGAGAAAGCAGCUUUUUCUGUUUUUCUUUCGCAGACACGUCGUGUGGAAGCUGCCAAGUUUUUAGAGCCUACCUUCGGACUCCCAGGAGACGCUUUCCUGCGGGCAAAGGCUGGCCCUUCUGUGGCGGGACUCGGGAGCGGUCGUCGCGGAGGGAAGAAGGAAGAAGAACAAGAGCUCUCGACGCACGACGACGACAAGAAGAAGAAGAAAAAGAAGAGUUCUGGAAAGAAGGAACAAGACGCGCUUGACAGAGACAGAUCGUCUGCACAUUCUGGAGACGUCGGGAUCCGCGGCGGCGACCCCGGGAAGCCUCUGCCGAGUCUCAGCGAGAACAGACUGGUGUACGAUGCACUCUUCUCCUCCAUCGCAGCCGAGCACCAGGACAGUGCCCUCUUUCUCCACUGCGUCAUGGAACAAGUUCAGGAAAAUGUCACUUCCCAAAUCAGCGCUGCUGUCCCCGAUAGUGAAGGUGGGCGGCCAGAAGGUCCAUCAGAGACCGCAGGAAAAAACACCGCCGCCAACGUCGCCGUGCUCUGCCGGGUGUAUCCCUUUUUCCCUGAGCUUCCUCCGAAGCAAACUGACCAUCUGCUGCUUCUCCUCGAAUUCGAGUUUCUGCUGAAGUCUCUUUUUCCAAAUGCCCCGACGCCUUCCUUGUCGGUUUCUCGCACCUUCCACGAACAACUCACUCCACCCCAGCUCAUCGAUACUCUCAGCGAAACUCUAAGGACUCCCGGAAUGUAUAUUGCCCAGCGUUAUGUCCCCCGAUCGGAUACUCUCUUGCUGGCGCUCUACCACCGCCCUCGCCCCGGGUGUGUCUUGUCGCACGAAUGGGAGUCUCUCGAAAUGGUUCCGGUGCCGAGUCUGUACGAAUUUCUCUCUUUCCAUCGACUUUCGAGAGAUACAGAGGAAUACCAAACGCCAACAUGUCUCGCCGACCUCGACAGGGAGCGGCACGGAAAUCUCCGUCUUCUAGAGCAGACUCUCAUGCCUCACGACGACUCGGUGAUCUCGGUGGCAACGGGCACCUCAGGAGCAGGGCGACUGUUUCCAUUCCCCAAUUUGGAAAAGCUCGAGUUCGAAGAACGCCUUGAACAGCAGCAGGAAACCGAGAAGCUGAAGAGACCGAGACUCAGGAAACAUGCUGAGGAGACGGACGCCGGCACUGAGGUUCGGCGAGAGCCUCGCUUCUGUCCUGAGCCGCUGCAUGCGUCGCGCAGCGUGAGUGUGACUCGGCCCUCGACCAGCUCGACGUUUUUUUUGAGGGAAGACCAGGCGUUUGCAGAAGCAUGCGAAGAGCUGAGGGUCUUUCUCGAAGCCGGUGUCCAGGCCUCUCUCGCGUUGCUGGCCGCGCCGCAAGGCGCAUCCCAGCCAGGAAAGGAGGCCGCCGGCAAAGACAGAGAGAAGGAGAAGACUGGACUGGUGAGCAGUUCGAGGCAGGAGCCUGAGGAGAACCAGAAAGGACCUGUUGUGGAGGAUGUCGACCUCGCGAGAAAAAACAUUUUCUGGCUGGAGACGGCGUCCUUGGCGAGCUUCGUCUCACACUUCGAGGAUCAGACCCGGCUGCACAUCGCCGCACACACGGUCGAGCUGAUGGACGCGGGCAGAAGUGGAAGAACGCUUCUCGCGGAAGAAGUCCAGAACGCGCGAGCAGCCGUCGCCCUCACGUUCCCCACCGGCAGCGUCGUGCAGGUCACACCGGACGGAUCCAUCUGGGAAGGUAACGACGCUGCUCUCUGGAAGCGUCUGAAGCAAAGCUACGGGUAUAAAAAGACAGACACUCGAUGACUUGACGAGCGUAGCAACCGACACAAAGACUCUCGACUACGCCUCCUCGCACUGGCACAUGCUCAUGUAUCCGUUCAUCCAUCUAAAGUUAUCUCUCUCUAUCACGCUCCCUUCUUUCUCUGUAUGAACGCAUGCUUCUGUAUGUGCGCGCGUAUCCUGACGUCCGUGC